AUGUUGCCUAUUGUUAUGCUACCAACUACAAUCAAAGAUGUUACUCCGUACAACCUGAUUGUAUCUGAUACAAUCAAGAUAGCUGUCUAUAUAUGUAGCACUAAAGAUGGUCCCCGUACAAAUGCAUCGCCACCUCAAAAAAUAGUCCAAGGCAUGAGAGUGGUAGGCAAUGAAUUUCCAUUUUUGGUUUCAUUAAGACUGAUACGUUAUGAUGGAUCCUUCUUUCAAUUUUGUGGUGGUUCGAUUAUCAGUGCUAAACACAUUCUUACUGCGGCUCACUGUUUAGAUAAUCAAAAUCCUAAAAUUAUACGAGUAUUUGUUGGAACUAAUAGUCUCAUUUAUGGAGGAGUUGGUUAUUCACUUGAAGAAGUGUCUGUUCAUCCAAAAUAUCAAAAAGAAGAUAGAUACCUUCGUUAUGAUGUUGCUAUUCUUACAGUGAGUAACACGAAAUAAACAUUUAUUUUCUAAUGAUUAAAAGGAGAUUAUCCAAUGGGUACUGAAGCUGUUGUCGCUGGAUGGGGUGAUACUUACUAUAAUUCACAAAUGGGAUCAACAGAUUUACAACAUAUUCACGUUAAACUGUCAGACUUUUCACGAUGCGACUUUGGAAAACUUAGAGAGUAUCAUUUGUGUACUGUACCAAUGAAUGGAAAGAGCACAUGUCAAGGUGACAGUGGCGGGCCAUUAGUUGCCAAUGGCGAAGUUAUUGGACUUGUAUCAUAUGGAUUCUAUUGUGGUAAACAUCCUGGUGCUUUUGCAAGAGUUAGGGCUUACAAAAGUUUUAUUGAACAACAGACAGGUAUACGAAUGUAG